CUGCGCAGUGUGCGCAGUGAUGGAGCGCUGACCAGGGGCGCGGCGGCGGCAGCGAGGACUCCGCGGGCCAUUGGCUACCGGCAGCGGUCAGGGCGGCUCGGGGGCUCCAGAGCCAGCAGGGCCUGCGGGCCGGGCUGGGGUGACCCGGGCUGCAGCUAUGGAAGACCAGAGGGAGGCUCUGCGGAAGAUCAUCACCACCCUGGCUGUGAAGAAUGAAGAGAUCCAGAGCUUUAUCUACUCCCUCAAGCAGAUGCUGCUGAAUGUGGAGGCGAACUCGACCAAGGUGCAAGAGGACCUAGAAGAGGAGUUUCAGUCCCUCCUGUCUGUGCUGGAGGAGCUCAAGGAGGGUAUGCUCAUGAAGAUAAAGCAGGACCGUGCCAGCCGCACCUACGAACUACAGAACCAGCUAUCUGCCUGCACCCGGGCCCUGGAGAGUUCGGAGGAAUUGCUGGAGAUGGCUAACCACACCCUGCAGGCUGCUGACAGCGAGGACUUCCUCCAGGCUGCCAAGCAAAUCAAAGAUGGUGUGACAAUGGCUCCCGCCUUCCGGCUGUCACUGAAAGCGAAGGUCAGCGACAACAUGAGUCACCUCAUGGUGGACUUUGCGCAAGAGCGUCAGAUGCUGCAGGCCCUCACGUUUCUCCCUGUGCCCAGCACCCCCGUGAUCGACCUAGCAGAGUCCCUGGUGGCAGAUAACUGUGUGACCCUGGUGUGGCGCAUGCCGGAUGAGGACAGCAAGAUCGACCACUACGUGCUAGAGUACCGGAGGACCAACUUUGAGGGCCCCCCGCGCCUCAAGGAGGACCAGCCCUGGAUGGUGGUCGAGGGCAUCCGGCACACGGAGUACACCUUGACAGGUCUCAAAUUCGACAUGAAGUACAUGAACUUCCGCGUUAAGGCUUGUAACAAGGCAGUUGCAGGCGAGUUCUCAGAGUCGGUGACCCUGGAGACACCAGCGUUCAUGUUCCGCCUGGAUGCAUCCACAUCUCACCAGAACCUGCGGGUGGACGACCUUGCUGUGGAAUGGGACGCUAUGGGCGGGAAGGUGCAGGACAUCAAGGCUCGAGAGAAAGAUGGCAAGGGGCGGACAGCGUCUCCUGUCAACUCCCCAGCCAGAGGUACUCCAUCUCCCAAGAGGAUCCCUUCAGGUCGUGGGGGACGGGACCGGUUCACAGCUGAGUCCUACACAGUACUGGGGGACACGCUGAUCGAUGGCGGGGACCACUAUUGGGAGGUGCGCUACGAGCCGGACAGCAAGGCCUUCGGCGUGGGCGUGGCCUACCGCAGCCUGGGCCGCUUCGAGCAGCUGGGCAAGACGGCUGCCUCCUGGUGCCUGCACGUGAACAACUGGCUGCAAGUCAGCUUCACAGCCAAGCACGCGAACAAGGUCAAGGUGCUGGACGCCCCCGUGCCCGACUGCUUGGGUGUGCACUGCGACUUCCACCAAGGCCUCCUGUCCUUCUACAACGCCCGCACCAAACAGCUGCUGCACACGUUCAAGGCGAAGUUCACUCAGCCGCUGCUGCCGGCCUUCACGGUCUGGUGUGGCAGCUUCCACGUGACGACAGGCCUGCAGGUCCCCAGCUCCGUGCGCUGCCUGCAGAAGCGGGGAAGUGCUACCAGCAGCUCCAAUACCAGCCUCAGCUAGACCAUCGGGCCACCCAGCCAGCAAGGCGUGUUUGGGGUUGUGGGCACUGGCCUCUCUCUUGCUGCUUGGAGCCUUAACUUGUGAAUGAGUAGGGGGGCACCACCAGGGAGCGGGGUGCCCCCCCGUACCUCACUUCCUAAUAAAGGUCAAACACUG